CUUACGCCCAUGGCAACGGUUACCAGGAGACGGGAGGCGGUCACCACAGAGACGGGAUGCUGUACCUGGGCUCCAGGGCCUCGCUGGCCGAUGCACUACCUCUGCACCUCGGACCCCGGUGGUUCAGUUCGCACAGCGGUUUCAAGUGCCCCAUUUGCUCCAAAUCAGUGGCUUCCGAUGAAAUGGAAAUGCACUUUAUCAUGUGUCUGAGCAAACCCCGUCUCUCCUACAAUGACGAUGUGCUAACCAAGGAUUCAGGCGAAUGCGUCAUUUGCCUGGAAGAACUUCUGCAAGGAGACACGAUAGCCCGGUUGCCCUGCCUCUGCAUUUAUCACAAGAGCUGUAUAGAUUCCUGGUUUGAAGUGAACAGAUCCUGCCCAGAACACCCCUCAGAUUGACCGCGGGAUCACAUGCGGACCUCUCUCCAGGUCAUCUCACCAUCCAUCCUCCUCACCCCCCCCCCCACCAUUCUCCAAACCAGCUCUGGGACCUCCUUCAAGGGCACCGGGGGUACUUUGUGUUCAGUUCUGGACUUCAAGGGCAGAGAAGACCCCAAAGAGCGACUGCCGCUUUGCAGGGCCAUACCUCGACAGCCGCCCACCAGCCUGGGCAGGGGGGAGAAGAGGGCCUGGGGGGAGCUGGUGGAUGCCAGGCCCCCACCCCGCAGCAGCGCCAUGAUGUUUGUUUGGGCUGGAUCUGGCCACGAGCUAAACGGAGCACGAGAGUCGGCGCCAUUCAAGGACUCUUCCUGCCACACGCAGGUCACUUUUGCACGGGCAAGGUGGUGGUUUCCCCCUCCCUUUUUUUUCUUGAAGCAGGAAGGCCAUUUUCCCUCUCCCCACCUGCCCCCCCCCAGUCCUGAAGAAGAGAAUAAGAAGAAUCAGGCAUUUUCUGUUGCGUUUUUUGAAGGCGUUGUACGUUUGUCUUUUCAAGUGUUUACAAAACAGCCAUUUCGUGUCAACCAACGUGCCAGGUGAUGUUUACAAGACUGCAUCCUUGGGCAGGUGAGGAGCAGAAAUUCCAGGACCUUUUUCUUUCCCUCUCCACUCCCGCCCAUUGCCAAAAGUCUCCUGGCUCUUUCUUCCCCCCCAUUUGAACACCCCCCUCCGGGCUGGCUUCAGGGGCUGUCCUCCUUCGCAAGUGUCCUGCUACGAUACCGGAAGAGUUUCCAGCCCUUUGUGGAAUGCAGAACUGGGCUUUUUCUUAAAGCAACACACACAGAUGAUGCCCCCCCCACAUACAAACCCUCCCACCCAGCCAGUCCACACUUGAGCACGAAGCAAAGACUGGCUGAGCCACGGGGGGAAAAGACCUCUUAUGGACGGUUUUGAUCCGCAGGAAAAGUAUCUGUAUUUAUAUAGGAAAAAAACAAAAAAAAGAAAUGAAACUUUAAAAAAUUACAAAAAAAAUCAAAGCUUGGGAAGGGAAACUUCCCCUAUUAGUCAAGGUGUUUUGAUAUGGUAUUCAAUAAUGCUCAAUAAAAUAGUCACUGUUAUUUUA